AUGUCUCUCGGACACAUCCAGCUCACUGGCCUGUCGUUCUUUUCAUCUUUUUGUCCGGUAACGAUGGCUGUUUUGUGGUUUAUGGUUCUGCUGGGCUUCUUCUUGUUUGGCAGAGGCGAAGACAAAAAGUGUGACAACUUUUCCGACGUAGAUUUCCAUGAAGCGUUCAUCGGAACCAAUCUAUAUGUGCGCCUGCUCCUGUACACAAGUGCUAACCUGGACUGCGGCCAAGAGCUUCCUCACUACAACUUCACCACAGUGCCGUUGUUCCUUGUGACCCGACCCACCACCUUCGUCAUCCAUGGCUACCGGCCCACCGGCGCGCCUCCCAUCUGGAUGGACCGGCUCACACGGCUGCUGGCCGAGCAGGCGGACAUGAACGUCCUGGUGGUGGACUGGAACCGUGGAGCCGCAAACCUCAACUACUUCACCGCUGUAGCAAACACACGGCACACUGCUGCCAACAUCACCGCCUUCAUACGCAGGAUGACUGAUGAAGGGGCAUGUCUCGACUCGAUCCAUCUCAUAGGAGUGAGUCUGGGUGCACACGUGGCUGGGUUUAUCGGCGCUAUGCUGGGAGGUCGAGUGGGACGGAUCACAGGUCUGGACCCCGCAGGCCCCAUGUUUGCAGGUGUGUCUCCAGAGGAUCGUCUGGAUCCGACAGACGCUCAGUUUGUAGACGUCUUACACACAGACAUGAACUCUUUCGGCCUCAGAGGAGCUGAUGGUCAUAUUGAUUUCUAUGCCAACGGAGGUCUCGAUCAGCCUGGAUGCCCCAAAACCAUCUUCUCAGGAAAGUCCUACUUCGUUUGUGACCACCAGCGCUCCGUUUUUCUCUAUCUGUGCUCUCUGAACCGAACCUGUCACCUAAACACUUAUCCUUGCUCCUCCUACACUGACUUCAUCGAUGGCCAGUGCUUGCAGUGCGAGGCAUUUAAACCAGCAUCCUGUCCUGUUCUGGGAUAUGACUUAAGCCAGUGGAGGGACAAACUGUUAAAACUAGGACAGACAAAGGUCUAUUUCUCCACCACAGCAGAGCCACCGUACAGGAAGACGAGCUACGUAGUGGACGCUGUUACGUGGAACCAGUACCUGCGAUGGGGGACAGUCGUCCUUCGCCUUCACGGUGGCCAAAACGUUACAGAAGCGAGGAUCGACCAUAAGCUGCUUCGCUUUGAGCGACACACCACCAUGCGUCUGCUCGCACAGUUUGACGAAGACUUGUAUCCGGUUCAGAAGAUCUCCUUCCAGAUCGUCACAGGAAACGUGAUCGGACCUCGGUCUAAGUUUCGCCUUGUCCGUAUUAUGGUUACGCCGCUAGACCUGCCAGAGAGACCUCCGAUGUGCCGUUAUGACCUCGUCACGGAGGAGAACGUGGAGGUGACUUUUAAACCGCUGUCGUGUGACGAGUCUCAUCUGUAAGCCUUCAGACGUUACGUCAGAGCGGAGGAGCGCGUGUCGUCUGGCGAUGAGGCACCGGAGAGACGUCGUCUUUUAUUUGGAUCUUCUUGUGCCUACAGACAUUUUCUCCAUUUCAACACUGUAGAAGUUUUUCUUUUCUCCACCUGUAAACUUUGUUGUUUUUUUUCAUGAAUGAAACAUUGAUAUUUUCUGUAAGGGAAGAUUUUAUUUCUUUAUAUACAGAGGAUUUAUUCAGAUUUCAUAACUUGACCAAGUGACUCUGACAAACUCGCUCUUGUGAACACAAUCCGUUUAAAAAGAAGGAUUUCAAAAAGUCUUCGCAGCUCCAGCCAUGAACCUUCUGAUCUCUGGUAAAAAAAAAAAGUAGAGGUCAUGAACAGCAUCACUCCAAGCUGUGUAA